UCCUUUUCUUUAAUUCUACCACAUUUGUAUCUUUCCAUUGAACUUCCGUCAGAGUCCAGAUCGACGUGAAUGAAACAGUUCUAUUGAGUGUCCGAGGUUAGGUGGUUGAUGAUAGUGCGGAUACUUGGCCUGUCGACGAACUGUGCCUCCAUGGAAUUUGAGACUUCUUCCCGCUAUUCAUGAGCUUCAGGUUGUGUUCUAAUAGACUGAUGCUUCAUCUGUAAGACAGUACAUGAAAAUUAGGGGAGGUGAGAUGUGCUUCGUGUUAACUGUUUCGCUAUUGAAACGUGAAGAAAAAGUCAGUUAAUUGUUCAAUUGGUCUGUGAAAACAUAACCUCUGAAUCAUUUUGACUGGUGCCUUUGUAAGAGGGGAAUAAAAUUGCUUCUUCCAAGGUACACCAAGUGGCAGGAGUUCUAGAAUUGGUGAAUGGAUGUACAUGCAUGUAACAGAGGAAGUUAUGCGCAUUCUGGAUAUGGCACAAAGGGCUUCCCAACGAAGAGACGUCUUCCACACCAGUUUCCUUACGCCGCCUAUCAUAACGGAGGCUAUGCUGGCAAUUGAAAAGUUAGCCGAUAUCAAAGCAAUAGCUCAGGGAGGCUAUCCACAGGCUGAGCGGUGCCGAAUUUCAGUUGGACAUCCAGAUUCUAUGAGAAAUGACCCAGAUGUAGUUGCUGCUUUGAGCAUCUCCGGGAAUUUUCGACUGGAACCCUGUUCUCAUGGUGACUUUCUAGGUGCUAUUCUUGGCGCAGGAAUUACAAGGGAUAAAGUUGGAGACAUACUUUUACAGGGGGAAAGAGGUGCUCAGGUCCUUGUUGAUCCGGAGCUUGUUGACUAUCUGACUUCCACAUUAGAAAAGGUGGGGAAAGUCGGUGUUUCAUGCACCCAGAUUCCCUUGCUUGCUAUAGAGUAUGAGCCACCAAGGACCAAAUCUUUUAAAACUGUAGAAUCAUCACUUCGGGUUGAUGCUGUGGCCAGUGCGGGAUUUAAAAUAUCACGCACAAAGCUUGGUAGCAUGAUCAGUUCUGGAGAUGUUCGUGUGAACUGGUCACUGGUUUCUAAAAGUGGAGCUACCCUCAAGGCUGGAGAUGUUGUAUCUGUCAGUGGGAUGGGGAGAUUAAAGAUUGGGGAAAUCGUGACUACGAAGAAAGGCAAAUAUGUCGUUCAGUUGAUUCAAUAUCUGUAGGCCCGUUACUGAUCAAUUGUUCUCUGAAGAAGACCUGACUCGUGAGUUUGCAAAGUGCUCAGUUGCUUAUGCAAGCAUAAGGGCUGCAGAUGCCUACGUGCAAAUAUUUACGAAGAAAUUGAUUCCAUAGUAUUUAGAAUGGAAAAGGACAAGUGGACAAUACAUGUAAAGUGUAUGUGACUGCUUACCUUUAAAGUCCAGAUGAAACUGAGAAUGAAAUUUGGAAGGAUCGAAAUCCCUCCGAACCCCAACUCAUGCAAGGACUUGUUCUGCUUUGGGGCAAAAAAGAAAAGAAAAGAAAGUUUUGGAAACCAUGCGAAAUGUGUUUCUUCUAUUCAUACUAAAGAGCAAUUCGCAAACAACAUCCUCAGCAAUUUCUAUCAGGAAACAUGUGACAUGACUACGAUAUGGUGUAGGAAACUUUGCAAUUGGGUAAAUCGAUAGCUAUGCAUAUUAACUCCAACCUUUUUUAUUUGAAGAAGACUCCGCAAAGGGCUAUAUUCGUUGCA